UUAAGUAGAUCUAAUAUACAGUAUCUCUAAUACUUCUGCAAUCCUGCUUAAGUUACAAACGACUUAUUUUUUGAACUUUAACAACCUCUUAGUUUCUAACACAUAUUUCAUGCAUGGCAAGACAAGAGCCAUUGGUUUUCACUGUAACAAGGCGGUCACCAGAGCUCAUACCUCCGGCAAAACUGACGCCACACGAGUACAAACUCCUCUCGGACAUAGACGAUCAAGAGACUUGUCGUUUCCAAGUCCCGAUCAUCCAAUUUUACCAAAAUAAAAAUAAUGUCACUGAUGUACUAAACAGGGAACCCGUGAAAGUCAUUAGGGAAGCCCUUGCCAAAACUCUUGUAUUUUAUUACCCGUUUGCAGGCCGCCUACGAGAAGGCGCAGGCAGAAAACUGGCUGUGGAAUGCACCGGAGAAGGAGUGCUGUUUAUUGAAGCCGACGCGGAUGUUACACUUGAGCAAUUUGGUGACGCGCUUUAUCCACCAUUUCCUUGUUUAGGCGAGCUUCUUUUCGACGUGCCUGGCUCUUCUGGAGUUCUUGAUACUCCUCUGCUCCUUAUUCAGGUAACUCGGCUUAAGUGUGGAGGAUUUAUAUUGGCCUGGCGCCAUAAUCACACAAUGUGCGAUGCUGCUGGAUUUGUUCAAUUUAUGACUGCUUUAGGUGAAAUCGCUAGGGGGGCAAGUGUGCCGUCUAUACAUCCAGUGUGGCAAAGAGAAUUACUUAAUGCGAGGAAUCCACCUCGCGUUACGUGUGCUCAUCCCGAGUAUGAUAAUGUGGCUGACACGAAGGAAACCAUGAUUCCUAUGGCUAAUUUGGUUCAACGUUCAUUCUUUUUUGGCCCCGCUGAGAUUCUUACCCUGCGUCGACUGGUUCCUACUGAUUUUCGCAAAUGUUCUACCUUUGAACUGCUAACCGCUUUUUUAUGGCGAAUUCGUACUCGUUCCCUGGAUCUUGGUCCUGAAGAGGAGGUGCGCUUGCUCUGUGUUAUCAAUGCACGCAGCAAUUUCAGUCCCUCUCUGCCUAAGGGGUAUUAUGGAAAUGCUUUUGCGUUCCCAGCAGCUCUGACAACUGCUGGGAAGCUUUGUCAGAAUCCGAUUGAAUACGCCUUAGAACUUGUUAUGAAAACCAAAGAAGUUUUCAACGAAGAGUACAUGAAAUCAGUUGCUGACUUGAUGGUUCUAAAAGGACGGCCACAUUUCACAGUAGCGAGGACCUUUUUUGUGUCAGACCUGACACGUGCUGGAUUUGGAAGUGUUGAUUACGGAUGGGGAAGACCUGUGUAUGGCGGUCCAGCCAGAGGGGGGACUGUGAAUAGCUUUUACAUACCAUUCAAGAACAGAAAGGGUGAGAAGGGAAUUGUGGUGCCAUUUUGGUUACCAGCAUCUGCUAUGAACAAAUUUGCACUUGAACUUGAUGGCAUUUUGAAGAACAAUGAUCAUUUGGUCACAGAUAAUACUCCUCUUCCUAUUAAGUCAGUCCUGUAGAAGCUGCUUGUGUUCCCAGAAGUUUAAUCGCGACAAUUGGCUGCUAAAAUAAACUGACACUUGCGUAUUAAUUG